AUGAAUGAAUAUGAGACUUUAGGUCAUAUGACCAAAAUUGGUAGCUAUCCAGACGAUGUACGACAAAACUCCUACUUCCUUCCCCAUCACGGAGUCUUUAAAGAGGACAGCAGUACAACCAAACUUCGUGUUGUAUUUGAUGGCAGUAGCCACUUUCCAGAAUUCAAUUCCCUCAAUGAUAUUUUAGCUCCUGGUCCAGCCCUGCAAAACGACCUUCCGUCUAUUAUUACCAAAUGGCGCACCCACAAAAUUGCAUUUAGUGCGGAUAUCGAAAAAAUGUUCCGUCAAAUCGACGUUAAUCCUGAUCAUCGCAAAUUCCAACAAAUUUUGUGGAGACAGAAUUCCUCAGAGCCUAUGCAUAUUUAUGAGCUUAACACUGUCACCUAUGGCACCACAAGUGCGCCCUACUUAGCAAUCCGUGUCCUACAUAAAUUAGCAGAAGAUUUCAACAAUGAAUAUCCAAAGGCAGCCAAAGUUUUAGUAGCAGAUUCGUAUGUCGAUGACAUUUUAUCUGGGGCUGAAACGAUAGAUGAAGCCCAAUUAUUAUACACUGAUUUAUGCGAUCUUUUGAAGUCAGGUGGCUGCAAUCUUCGUAAAUGGAACUCGAAUUCUGCAGAUUUCCUAAGCAAAAUUCCAGAAGCUUGUCGAGAUUCCUCUUCAACUAUAUGCUUCAGCAAAGACAAUGUGGUUAAAACGCUAGGUGUCCAAUGGAAUAUUAAUAGUGAUUCUUUUUGCUUUAAUGUAAUACUGGAUGAGAACCCAACUAUCUCAAAGAGAUCGAUCUUGUCUGAGUCGGCUAGGCUAUAUGAUCCAUUGGGCUGGUUAACUCCAACCACAUUAAUUUCAAAGUCCAUAUUUAAAAAACUCUGGGAGCAUGUUUUAGAUUGGGAUGACAAACUACCAACAGAGUUAGAAAAGGCUUGGACAAAACACAGGAUCUCUUUGAGGGAACUCACCAAAGUUAAGAUCCCAAGAUGGAUAAAAUGGUCUCAACAUUCGCCAAUUGAACUUCACUGUUUCUGUGAUGCUUCUACCGAAGCUUAUGCUGCUGUUGUAUACUCUAGGAUGAAAGAUGCGGCCCUGGACAAUGGCUUCUUGGCCGAAUAA